AGCGGUCACCCGUAGUUGUUCGCAAUGCAUGACGGGUAGGUCAGCCUCAUUGAGGAGGGCGCCAUGUGCUUUUGAGGCUCAGCCGCUUGUAGAAAACAGCGACUCGAUUACCAGCAACGAGGCCGCCUAUCGAAGGGCAACAGCGGGACUCGAGGACCCCGGAGCACCGCUCAGCAUGCUCUGCGCCAGACGCUGCCUCCGAACGGCGCUGCGGGCCGCGGCGAGCCUCCAGCGGCAACAGCUCGAGCAGCAGCAGACGGCGGCGCGGCGCGCGCUUCGACUCCUCCGGACGAGCGCCGCCGUGCGCUCGGACGCCCUCGUCGUGCCGCCGCUGGACGGCGCCCCCAAACGGUACUCGCCCAAAAUCCAGCAGCUCGUCAGCGACAUAGCCAGCCUCACCUUGUUAGAAGUGUCGGACCUCAACGAGCUCCUUAAGAAAACGUUGAACAUCAAGGAUGCGGGAACGAUGCCGAUGGGGACGAUGGCGGCAUCAGCUGCUCCCGGACCUCAGGCCGCGGAAGAGGAGGCGCCGGUGAAGAAAGAGAAGACUCACUUCACCGUCAAGCUGACGGACGUCAACGCGGCCGAGAAGGUGAAACUGAUCAAGGAGGUGAAGAACUGCAUCCAAGGCUUGAACCUGGUGCAGGUAGGUCCCAAACUCUCAGAGUGCCAACCUGCUGCGCUGCUUGCACGUGUGCACCGCAAACUCCACAGGACAACAAGCGCCAACAAUUCUCGAUUCCAGCAGAAUUUUAGAAAAUAUUCAUUUCGGUGAGCAUCAGAGGAUGAAUGUGUGCACCUUUUCUUCUGCCUUUUUUAUUAGAAAUACAUUUUCAAAGUGUGGUUAACUUAUUUUUACACCUGCAUUGUUGUUAUUGUUUUUAAACUAACACAUCUUAUUGUACACUUGUAUGACAGCUAAGAACAUUCCCACAUGAUAGGAUGCCACUUAUGAGUGUUAGGGUUAUAGGGUUGUUAGGGCUUGUAUGUAGUGCUGCAACUAACAAUUAUUUAAAAAUCAGUUAAUCUGUUAUCUUUUAAACUAGUGAGUCGGAUACAGAACUUUUUUAAUUUCUAUCCUUAAAUAAAAAAAAACAACAAUUUCAAAUUGACGGUGCGGAAAUUGCACAAACAUAAAUUGGUUAUGAUUCAGUUCCUGGUUUGAUUCGUAAAGUCAGAAAAUUGGCAAACAUAUCGGUCGUUGUUUUCCAAAGUAAAAGCAGAUGUUUGCAAAUGUCUUAUUUUGAUUCAACACAAAACUCAUUAGUCUGCUUUCAUGGAGGACAAGAGAAAUGGGAGAACAUUUAUUCGUUCGUACAUUUUGAGUUAGUCUGCAAACAAUCGAUUCUCACACUAGUUGUCAAUUUAGCUCUACUUGUCUGGCAGUCCAAAAGAGCGCUUUACUGUUUUUAUGCUUUAACGCCGUUGACCUUAUUUUUGCUUGUUAUGAGAAUUCAAAAUGAAGUGAAAUAAAGGCCAUCUUUUUUGUGUCUUAUGAAGGCCGCAGUUUGACCCUGA